AGCUAAUCAGGGGCUGGUGGGCGUGGCCAGACUGACAUCUCGGCCUCCUUCUGCCUUGAAGGUUCAGUUGCAACUUUGUUCCGUUCUUGAUAGUUGGAGCAGCGAAUCACCCGGCCACAUGGGGGCGCAGAUCAGUACGCUGGGGAGACUUGUGGGGUACCCCUUCUACAUCGUCUUUGCAAUAUUCAGAAGGAUCUUUGGAAAGUCUGCUCCGGCCAUCACCUUGGAGAGUCCAGACAUUAAAUACCCCCUGAGGCUCAUUAGUAAAGAGAUCCUCAGCCAUGACACCCGCCGGUUCCGUUUUGCGCUGCCUUCUCCUGAGCACAUCCUGGGGCUCCCCAUAGGACAGCACAUUUACCUAUCCGCCAGGAUAGACGGGAACCUGGUGGUCAGGCCGUACACGCCGGUCUCAAGUGACGAUGACAAGGGAUAUGUGGACUUGGUGGUUAAGAUUUACUUUAAAGGCAUCCACCCCAAAUUUCCUGAGGGCGGCAAAAUGUCUCAGUACUUAGAAGGGCUGAGAAUAGAUGAGACCAUUGACUUCAGAGGACCCAGCGGUCUCCUGACCUACAGUGGAAAUGGAACAUUCGAGAUCCGUCCAGACAAGAAAUCUCCACCAGUUCCUAAGAAGGUGAAGCAGCUGGGAUUGAUCGCCGGCGGGACAGGGAUAACCCCCAUGCUUCAGCUCAUCCGCGCCGUCAUAAAAGACAAAGAUGAUCCCACCAUUUGUUAUCUGCUGUUUGCUAACCAGUCUGAGAAGGACAUUCUGUUACGAGACGAGCUGGAGGAGAUCCAGGCAAACUAUCCCAGCAGAUUCAAGCUUUGGUACACCCUAGACCGAGCCCCUGAGAACUGGGAUUACAGCCAAGGCUUUGUCAAUGAAGAGAUGAUAAAACAGUCCAUGCCCCCGCCCGGGGAUGACGUCCUCAUUCUAAUGUGCGGACCUCCACCCAUGGUUCAGUAUGCAAUCAACCCCAGUCUGGACAAGCUUGGCUACCCCCAGGACCGGCGAUUUGCCUACUAGGCGCCAAGGUUUACUGAAAAGUAUCGGAAAGCCAUUGUAUAACCGGAGGCAAAGAGAAAAUUUCCUGGCUUGUCUACGUCUCCGUACGUUCUGUGCAUUGUUAACUCUAAAUAUAACGUUGAGUUUAUAGGUCUUUUAGGAGACAUUGUUGUGACAGGCGCGAGGGCUUCUGCGGUCGGGGGGAGUCCUGCUGGUGUGAAGGAUCUACAACAUGAAGUGACACUAUGUAUCAAGGAGGAGUCCUAAAGGGGUAUUGGGCACAUUAAUGCACUAAGUGGUGUCUGGAUGGUGAUGGUUGGGGGGAGGGUUUCUUCAGCACUUGACUAGACCAAAGUAGAGGGCAUGCCCAGCUGAGAGUUGUAGUCCCAUAAUUUGUUCAGUUAUGUCUGGUUUUAGAACGGUGCAGAGAAUAUCUACAGUAUUUCACGAAACAGGAACUAACACUAGGAAAUGCUAAACAGCAACUUGAAACGCGUCCGUUUUUUGUCCUGUUCUUGUCACAACUUGCCUCUUGUGUGCUUUUUACCUACAAUUCAUCACCGAGCAAUGGCUCAUCACUGACCCCCCCCCCCCUCCAUAUUUGCACUAUAUUCCGUCUCUUCUUCCCUCCAGCCCCUUUAGACGGACAUCUCUUUUGCCUUGUGACCUGGCCUUUUCACCUUUCUGCGUGUACAAUGUAUUUUUAUUCUUUCAAGAUAAAUAUAGCAACUUUGGAAUGACUUUGAA